AUGCUCGCCCUCUCCAUGCUCGCCUACGGGCAAACCAUCGCCGAGGUCGCCUGCGGCACGAACGGUCUCUCCACCCUCUGUACCGCGAUCAACGAGUCUCCCACGGUCCUCGCCGCGCUCUCCGCCGCGGGCACCUACACGGUCUUUGCUCCGAACAACGACGCGUUUGCCGCUGUCCUCUCGGGGGCGGCGCUGACAGACCUGCUUGCGGAUGAGCCCAGCCUCACCAACCUCCUCCUGAAGCACGCCCUUGACUCCAAGGUGGACGCCACGACCGCGCUGACGCUGAACAACGACCGCGUCGCCACCAUGCAGGGGAACGAGCUCACGGCCUUCGAGACGCUCACCUGGUCGGCGCAGUCGAACGAAGAGGGCGAGUACCCCGACGCCACGAUGCUCAUCGCCGUCAUCCAGGGCAACGUGGACAACUCCUUCGACGGCAACGCGCCUGGCCUCUCCUACUCCGUCGAGACCGCGGGCAAGAAGGUCAUGGAGGACGAGGCCAAGUGCCCCCUUCUUUCGUCCGGCGAGAUCAGCAUUGCGAUGGGCAAUCCGCCGGCUCCGUGCUACAAGCUCAAGUUCCCCUGCGAGAUGGAGACGGAGGACGGCCACGAGCACUGCCACGCGACUGCGCACACCGCCGUGUGGACGAUCCCCAACCCGAGCGGCUACAAGAACAUCGCCAUCUUCGCGCAGCACUACCCGACCGAGUUUGAGCGCUCGCUGCACUACCUCAAGGGCCCGGGCGGCGAGGACAUCGAGCCGGUCAACGAGAUGCCCGAGCCGGAGGAGCGGGAGAAGCGGUGGGGCGCCGCCAUCGGCGCCGCCUUCAUCGUGAUGGUGUGCACGCUCAUCGGCGUCAUCUUCCUCGCGCCCCUCUUCGCCAAGCUCCAGAAGGAGCGCGAGGCGCUCGUCAACGUGCUCGCCUCGGCCUUCGCGGCCGGCGCCCUCCUGGCGGCCGCCUUCUACCUGAUGCUGUACGAGGCGACCCACCUCAUCGCCAUCACCGACGACCGCACCGAGGCGCAGGCUUCGGCGUGGUGGGGCUCGGCGACCCUGCUCGGCUUUGUCAGCCCCUUCAUCCUCGAGGCGAUCGUCUCCGCGGUCAUCGGCAAGGCCGCGCCCAAGCAGGAGGUGCGCAAGGAGGCGGACGCCGAGGCGGCCAAGCCGGCCGCCGUCGUGCCGGCGCCCAACUCGCGCAACAAGGUGCGCGUGCUCUCCGGCGUGCUGCUGGGCGACUUCCUGCACAACCUGGUCGACGGCUUCUUCAUCGGCGCCGCCUUUGCCAACUGCGACUCGUCGAUGGCGUGGACGAUCACCGCCGCCACCGUCUACCACGAGCUCGCGCAGGAGAUCUCCGACUACCUCGUGCUCACCAACCCGGAGCAGGGCGGGCUCAAGCCCUUCAUGGCGCUCGGCCUCAACUUCCUCUCGGGCAUGUCCGUCCUCUUUGGCGUCUGCAUCGUCCUCUCCGCCGAGCCGUCCAACUUCUCGACCGGCUGCCUCCUCGCCUACGGCGCCGGUGUGUACCUGCAGCUCGCGGCGACCGAGUGCAUGCCGCGCGUGCACGAGUACGCGACGACGCUCAACAUGCGGCUGGGCGGCCUCCUCCUCUUCAUCAUCGGCGCGACCGCCAUCGGCCUCGUCCUCCUCGACCACGAGCACUGCGCGGGCGAGGGCGGCCACGAGGGCCACGGCCACUGA